AUGUGCAUGUUCUUUCUGAGACUUCUCUCAAUUGCAUUACUACUACAGUCUACUUUGGCACAAUCUGGUAGCCUCAGUCUCAAGCUCAUCCACCGAGAUUCAGUGGAGUCACCUCUCUAUCCAGGUAAGCUUUCAAGUGAAGAGAGAAGUUCUAGGUAUGUUAAUCAAACUAUAGCCCAUGCUCAUCGGCAGAUCCAAAUAGCUAGAGGUAACCAAAACGAGUUGAUACAUCCCAACGAGAUAAGUAUUCCUGUUGAUUUCCAUGGUUUCUACUUUAUAGUGAUAGUGGGCAUCGGUACAAUUGAUGGCCAAUAUCAAAACUAUUAUUUCAUUUUAGAUACUGGGAGCAAUCUAGUGUGGUUGCAAUGUGAAGGAUGCAAAAAUUGUUUCCCUCAAAGAUCCCCACUAUUUGGGCAUGCCACAUCAACUACUUAUCAUCCUCUUCGAUGUGAUGUUGAGCCUCUCAACCCCCUCUGUACACCCGGUGAAUGCUGGGAAGAUACAAGUUUAUGCUCAUACAAAGUACGAUAUGCGGAUGCUGAGGGUCCAUUAACAGAGGGAGUCCUUGCAAGUGAAAAAUUUACAUUCAAUAAUGCUGGGGGCACAGAGUCUAUCAAUGGCAUAGUCUUUGGUUGUGGCUUGAACAAUAUUAAAUUUGAUACUCAAUUUAUACCAAAUAACGAGAUAGCUGGUAUAAUGGGUAUGGGGUCUGGACCUCGAUCCUUCAUUUCGCAGCUGGGCGACCGAUUCCAGCAUCGAUUCUCAUAUUGCUUGCAGCCAAUGAAUGGUAAUCAAGGGAUUAAUACAUAUCUACGGUUCGGAGAAGACGCGAAAAUAAAUCCACAAGGCCGAGUAGUAAAAGCUACCCCAAUUUUGGGAGGACCUGCUGUAGGUAAAUACUACUUGAACUUGUUAUCUAUCAGCAUUGCAGAUCAACGUAUUUCCAAUCCUCCUCUAACUCUUUGGCGGACAUUAAUAGACUCAGGAAGUCCCUACAGUUUAUUUCCCCCAGGCCCUUUUGCAAGUGUGAAAUCUUAUCUGUUAAGUUACUUGCAGCCUUAUAAUGUGAAGACAAUCCGAUCAAGGGAUCAAUUGGAUCUAUGUUUUGAUCGGCCUAAUGGGUUCAACAAAUUUCCGAGCAUCACAUUCCAUUUCAGAAAUGCUGAUCUUGUUCUUGGGCCUGAAAAUUCAUUUGAGAUUAAGGAUGAUUACUUUUGCUUAGCAAUGGUAUAUUUUGAGGAUUUAACAGAUAUUCUGAUCGGAACAUACCAACAAGCGAAUUUCCGGUUCUUAUAUGAUUUACAUGGAAGUAUCCUCUCGUUCUCUCCGGAGGACUGCUCCAAUGAUUCUUAA